ACAGAGUUGAUUUCCAUUACCGAGGUAUAUUAGGAUGGGGAACUGUUUUUGUCUUGUUUUCCUGUGGCUCAGUGUUUCCAUAAUAUUUCCCGCUGUGGAGCAUGCUGAGGUUGGCUCCAGUGAGAUGGCAGCAAACCCUUCCAACCCAGUCCUGAGCCUAGCACCUUACACCCUUGAUGACAAAUAUAAAGGCUGUACGAAAGUCAUGAAGAACAACCUCAAGUCUCUCCUUGAGACGGAGCUGGCAAUCACUCCAAAAUAUAAAGAAACGUGGAAAGCGUCCCUGCGAACGUGGCGAAAGAGGAAGGAUUCACAUUCUUUGCCUCGGAAUGUAACAGAGUUUGCUGAAAUGGCUAUCAUGGCAUAUACAUACGGCAACCCUUCAAUCUACGAAGAAUUCAAUACUGCUACCCGAACGGCAGGAAAGGCCCCCAGAGAAUAUGCAGCCUAUCCUUUCAAAUCCCUGCAUUUCCUCUUAACGUGGGGAGCCAAAGCAUUCCAGUCAACCAAGCCGAAAUGUACGAGGGUCUACCGAGGCACCGAAGUGAAAUUUUUCACCACAAAGAUAUUCCGGUUUGGACAGUUCACCUCCACUUCAGAGAGAAGAACCAUAGCAGAGUUUUUUGGGACGAUAACCUUUUUCAAUGUGUUCACCUGCGAGGGCUACUCAAUAAGUGAGAUGUCUAGAAUUAAAUUUGAAGAUGAAGUGCUAAUUCCUCCUUAUGAGCUCUUCCAGGUCACCUCGGUUAAAGACACUAAAAAUGGCAAGAUCGUAAACGCCAAGUCUGUGGGAAGCUGCAGCAACCACAACUGCGCUUUCGUGGGGAAAGGGUGGAAUGGUACCAUGGCCUGUCCUGAGCACCAAGGUAUGUAG